AUCCAGGGCAUGAUUUUGGCUCCUCUCCCAAUCUCUCUCCACACUAAAAUGUAAUUUUCUUUUUAACUUUUUUAGGCAAAAUGUCCAAGGACUGAAGAUAAUAGAAAGACUCUCUCUCUAGCUAUAAAAAGGAAGGGAAUUAGGUAACCUUUCCUUUCUUAAACCAGCAAAGCACUCUUUUCGUUUCUCUCUAUCUUACGGUGUAACUUUCUGUGAUUGGGAGGCUUUUGGUUUUUGUUACCAGACCAAACUUCCAUCUCCGGAACAAAAAUACCACAGUUCCUCAAUAAGGGUAGUAGAAAUGGCAAGGGAGAAGAUCAAGAUCAAGAAGAUUGACAACGUGACAGCCAGGCAAGUGACUUUCUCUAAAAGGAGGCGAGGGGUUUUCAAGAAAGCUGAAGAGCUUUCAGUUCUAUGUGAUGCUGAGGUUGCUCUCAUCAUUUUCUCGGCUACUGGCAAGCUAUUUGAGUUUGCUAGCUCAAGCAUGAAGGAUAUAUUGGGAAGGUAUAAUCUGCACUCCAAUAAUCUAAACAAACUGGAGCAACCGUCUCUUGAACUGCAGCUGGAAAACAGUAAUCACAUAAGAUUGAGCAAGGAAAUUGCUGAUAAGACCCAUCAACUAAGGCAGAUGAGAGGAGAAGAUCUUCAAGGACUGAACAUAGAUGAAUUGCAGCAACUAGAGAAAAUGCUUGAAUCAGGACUUACGCGCGUUCUUGAGACUAAGGGUGAACGUAUUAUAAAUGAGAUCUCUUCACUUGAAAAGAAGGGAGCACAGUUGCUAGAAGAGAACAAGCAACUUAAGCAGAAAAUGGUGACAUUGUGCAAGGGAAAAAGACCUGUCUUAGCAGAUUUAGAUGUUGCUGUUCAGGAAGAAGGCAUGUCAUCAGAGUCUGUCACUAAUGUUUGUAGUUGCAGCAGCGGCCCUCCAUUGGAGGACGAUAGCUCAGAUACUUCUCUCAAGUUAGGGCUUCCCUUCUCUUAGCUGAAACAGAUGAGAGGAUAUGAAGUAAAUUCUUCCAAGGAAUAAAGCUGAACCCUUGCCAAGAAUGUAUAUUUCUGUCAUAUUUGUCAGGUCAAAUGCAAAUAUGAAAACAUAUAUAUAAAUAUUGGAAGUUGAAGACUUAUCUUCAAUUACUUUAAACCUUGUUGUGGUAGUUUUAUUACUCGAUUUGGAUGUAUUUUCUAACUAAAAAUCUAUAGAAAACUAGUUCUAACGUGUGCUGGUAGGCAUAUACUUAAUUCAUU